AUGGAAGUUAGGAGAAAAAGACAAGAAUUAAUCCAGGAUAUCACCGUCCAGUGGGAUUUCGCCGUGAAAACAACUUUUUAUCGUUUGGAAAUCGAACAGAUGAGUGUAGGAAAACCUCCAGAAAGGAACGAGUGGUUCUUAGCAAAUCAGGUUGGAACGAAUGAAAAGAAGCUAAUUGAGCUGGCCAGAGAUCUAAAGUUGUUACCCUGGAUCGGCAUCGCGUUUCCUCUUGAUGCGAACAGCAACAUGGCUUCACUUGGAAGGAUAUUCUGUUUUCUUCCACUCCCCCCUGAUGGCGACUGUCGUACUGGACUGCCGGUGCAAGUGAAUGGUUACUUUGGACUAACAGACAAUAGACGAGCUUUGAAAUGGCCUGGUCCUGAUUGCCAGAAUGAUGACACAGCCGAGUGGAAUAAACUUCUCUUGGAAAAGGUUGGAAGUCAGGUGUAUGCCAACUUGAUCACCAAUAUGGUACGGGAGGGUCCUAGCAUUGUUUCAAUGGAAUUGCUCGCUAAGUUAGUGUACAGUGCUUUGCCAGAUCUCAGCCGUGUGAGACAAGAUUGGAAGUGUAUCAUAGAGCCUUUUCUUAAAACAGUCUUGGCAAGAGAAAUAUUCCUAACUACUCCAACGGAAAGUUCUCGAUGGAUAAACCUUGGAGAAGCCAUCAUUGAUCGCUUGGACGAGUCCAAAGAUAUGAGAGAGGAAAUCAAGCAAGUUGUUCUAAAGACGUUGUUGAAUGCUGGCCAGCCAAUUGUUUCAUUACCAGGACACGUUAUACAAAUUAUCGAUCAAUAUCAUCAGAUAUCAGGUUGGAGAAACCUUCAAAAAGUUACCCCUGAACUCUUGUGUAACGUUUUGCGAUCAAAUUUCGAUUUUCAUCGCGUGGUCAUGUCGUUCGGAGAUAGAUUGUUCGUGUUGGAGUAUGCUCUGCAGACUGUCCCCGAAAAUAUUUCUUAUCUUCAUGGAGUCACUCUUCUGCCACUAGAAAAUGGUCACUUUAUAAAGUUCUCAAAUGCUUCCGAUGAAAAGAUCUUCAUUCCGUCCAACAAGCACAGUGUCGAUCUUCUACCCAACAUGAAGCACCGUCUUCUCUAUCGAAAACUGUCUCUACCAGUGCAACAGAGGCUCGACAAGGUUGGUUCUUCUAGAGCAACACAGUUGCAUCAUCCUACUUCUAAUGACAUUAAGCAAUUACUCUGGCAAAACCUCCCUGAGGAUUGGUCUUGCGAUCAUCUUCCGCAACUGGAGACCGUGACUUGGGAUCCAGCGGCAGAACGACAUCCUUCUUUAGCUUGGCUAGAAUUGGUGUGGAAGUGGAUCAACGAAAAUUACCCAAGUGAUUUGAGCGAGUUCAAUGGAAUGCCCCUCAUUCCUGUGUCCGUCAGUUCACCAUCAUCUAUGGCUAGACUUCACCAAAAUUCCACCAUUAUUGUCAGCGAACACCCACUGUACAAUGAAACACUUCCAAAUGCCAUUCGUAAACUUCUGAAAAGAUCUGGUUGUGUCGUGGUCGAAAAACUGCCCUCCUUUGUCAAACAUGACCAACUCUUUCACUAUAUUUCCCCACCGAAUCCUUCUGGUACUCUAAAAGUUCUUUCUCUAGCAAAGGAAAACGUUGUUCAACAAUUGUCUGUUUCACCAGCCGAAGUCAAACGCGAACUCUGUCACAUUCUGUCAAGAUUGGAUUCCAUUGAUUCAACUCACAGAUCAUUUAUUCGUACGUUGCCAAUCUUUGCAGCAGUCGACGAACGGUUUAUGCUAUCCUGUCAAACGGAACAAGGUGAACAGAGGCUUGUUGCUCCACGAAAUUAUUCAUUACCCGAAGAUAUCCGAAUUGUUGAUCGAACUAAGAUCCUAUCCUCCACAAAAAACGAAAGCCAUCGCCUGUUGGAGAAACUUGGAGUGGUAAUGGAGAGCACCGCAAGCUUGAUCAUGAUUCGCUUGGAAGGUUUCUUAAACUCCAAGAUCGGAGAUACGGAAAAAGACAAGCUAAUGCUAUGGAUCUUGGAAAGAAUUGAAAUCUUAAAUCAUGAAAUGCCCACUGAUUUUGUUGCGUUUAUCCGUAAACUUCCUUGUAUUCCGACCGCAAGCGGCAAACGCGUGCCUCCAAAUCAACUGUUUGAUCCUUCUGACAAACUUCUCACGCGGUUGCUUCAAGACAACAACGAGGCAUUUCCGACGAAGCAGUUUUUGGAGCCAAUGCAAAAACGAAAACAUGAGUUGGAAGUUCGGCACAUAGAAAACCUGACUGUUCAAGAUGUCUUGGCUGUUGUAAACCAAAUGACGAAGAUAGAUUCUGAUAUAGGUUUAGAAGACAGAGGUAUGGCUGUCGUGGAGCUUUUGAACCAACGACCACAGUUACUUAAAGAAUAUACUGCAAACAAAUUGCCGUUGAAUUUUGUCUUACGCGAGUUGCCAUGGUUACCAAGAGUCUGUGAUCGUCCGAAGAACUAUCCUGAAUUGAUGCCUUGGUAUGACGGACGGAAGUUAUGUAAACCAAGCAACAUGCGUCCUGACUCGCUGGCAAUCCUAGUUGGAGCAACAGUGCCUGUUUUCAAAGAAAAGUUGAUUUCAGACGAAGUGCAAGAACUACUUGGCAUUUCUGCGGAUCAUUCGGUGUUUCGAGAAGUCAUUGAACAACUACAUCUGGCCGUUGUCUCUUGGAGAAAUCAAACAGCAACACAGUUGGAUCUUGGAAAAUUUGAAGAAAUGAUAAAGAAAAUAUACAUGUGGCUUUCCGCAAAAUCCAAAAAUGCAGUGGAGCAUUUGUUACAAUCCAAAGGUCUAACUCAGUGGGUAUGGUACGGAAAUGGCUUUACAUCACCCGAGAAAGUUGCUUUAGAAUCACCUUUUCCUAAAAGCAUCAACCUUUAUCCAUACUUGUUUCAUCUGCCAAACGAACUAUACAAGGUAAAGGACUUUCUACUUUCAUUUGGAGUAAAGCCGCAGUUUACAGUUGAUGAUCUGCUGGUUAUGCUGUCAAUCAUAAAGGAAAAGCAUGAUAAUGAAGACGGACCACGUGAAGAUGCGAAUCAAGACUUAGGUCAAUGUCGUGCGGUGUUGGAGUGGAUUGUGAGAAGCUGUGGUCAACUAUCUGAUGAACGUCGGUCAAAUCUUCUCAUUCCUGUUCAAACAGCCUCUGGAAAGCUGCAACUCGAACCGUGCAACAAGUGUACUUACUGUGAUCGUGAAUUCCUAAGACGAGGUGCCUCUGAAUUUGAAGUCUCCACAAAGUCAUUUCUGAUUCAUAAAGCAAUUCCUGAUGAUUUGGCUGGUCGUCUUCGCGUACCACGACUCUCGAGCUGCCUCGCAGGAGCCAAAGCACUUGGUAUCAAAUUCAAAGAAGCUGGUCAGUACGAGCCGCUGACCAUGAGAUUACGUAACAUUCUUCAGCAGUACAAAGAAGGUGUAGCAAUUUUCAAGGAAAUCAUUCAAAACGCAGAUGACGCACGUGCUUCUAAAGUGUUUUUCGUUGUUGAUUGGAGGGAAAAUCCCCGCGAACGAUUGCUAACUGAAGAACUAGCGAAAUGUCAGGGACCAGCUCUUUGGGCGUACAACGACGCUAUGUUCUCUGAGGCAGACUUCGAAAACAUAAACAAGUUGGCUGGCGAGACAAAGAAGGAAGACCUCCACAAGGUUGGACGUUUUGGUCUUGGCUUCAACUCCGUCUACCAUCUUACUGACGUUCCAAGCUUUGUGAGUGGCGAACACGUUGUGGUUUUUGAUCCGAAUAUGACUCACAUCUCUAAAUUGAUCGACGGCAACAAAAGGAAAGGUGGACUCAUGUUAAGCUUGGCAGAAAGCAAACACGUUUUAUCAGCAUUCCCUGAUCAAUUCAUGCCUUACCAUCAGAUGUUUGGCUGCGACAUGAGCGGAUCGGACACUUUUCACUUCGAAGGGACAUUGUUUCGACUUCCUUUCCGUACAGCCAAGCAAGCAAAUGAAAGUGAAAUUUCGGAAAAACCUUCCAAACCAGAAGACGUCAAAUUCCUUAUUCAAUCUUUGAAAGAAAGUGCGUCCACUCUGUUACUAUUCACCCAAAAUGUAAAGGAAGUACGGCUGUUUGAGAUUCCGAAGAAAUCCAACCCGAGGAUGUGUUUAGGGCGGCCCUUAAUAAGCAUGAAAAAAUCUAUCGAGGAAAUUUUGCACACCAAUGAUGCCGAUAAAGGUGGCAAGGGGACAAUUUUGGAGAAUUCAUCAAACUGGUUACUGUACAACAGAUCUGGAAAGAUGGUAACAUGGGAAGGACCCCGCCGCAGUGAAAAGUUGAAAAUGAAUGUAUCCAUAUCCAAAUCAGAUCUUCUGGGAGAACCUGAACCUUUUAAAACUGAGGAAAUCUGGAUUGUUAAUUCAAGCACAGGGAAUAGGUCUUCCCUUCAAGUUUCCCGAAGUGCAGAUGGCAUCAAAAACGCGGUUGUUCCUGUAACAGGAGUUGCUGCAAGGAUGAAAAAUUUGACAAAACAUAGCGUUGAAAUAUCCGCUGUCCCUGGAGCAGUUUUUUGCUUUAUGCCGCUCCCUAUCGCAUCUGGGUUUCCCGUGCAUGUCAACGGAUAUUUUUCGCUUUAUCCAAAUCGUCGUCGCCUGUGGGAAGAAGGCGUUGGUGAACAUGAAUCAUUCAAGCCGUUUGAAGCAAAGUGGAAUGAAGCAUUGAUGGAAGACUCCUUAGUUCAAACAUACCUGCAGCUUCUUCAAACAUUAACUUCAUACAAUGCUAAGCAGUAUGCAUUUCAUAACUUGUGGCCGAACCCAGCAGAGGUAAACUACUUCAAAGCGUGGAAACCUUUUCUCAAUUCAUUCUUUAGGAAAAUAAUUGAUGAAGAAUGGCCGCUGUUUUAUUGCAAUGACGAAUGGAGAACACUUCAAGAUUGUUUCAUCCUUGAUCCAAAGCUUGCCAACGUUACCGAAUGCGUGGCCAUCAUGAAACAGCUGGGUAAAAAUGUCCUAUCACUUCCAAAACACUUCAUGGACGCCUUUACAUCUAGCGGAAAAGGAGACUUCAUAAAACGUCAGAUGCUGACUGAAGAUAAAUUCUUGACAGAGUUCUUUUUUCCUAACGUAUCACAGAUAGCGAUCCAACAUCGUAACUCAGUUCUUGUUUGCAUCCUCGAUCGUCGACUGAACAGUCAUCGAAACUACGACGAUCUUUUACGUACCAUUCCGAGCUUCAGCUGUUACACGGAUGGGACCAUUUUGCGUAAACCAGAGGAGCUGGUUCAUCCAAAGGGAAAAGUUGCUUGUUUGUUUUCCGAAGAAGAAAAACGUUUCCUAUUUGACGAUCGCUUUUUGACCAAAGAACGAGCAAUGAUGUUAGAAGAGUUAGGAAUGGCAAUCGAUUUGCUCUCUUGGAGCAGUUUGUGCGAGCGAGCUGAAUGUAUUUCCAAUCAAUGCGAUGUUGCAAAAGCAAAAUUACUUAUUCAAUACCUGAAUGAAAUGCAUCCCAACGAGCGAAACAAAAUUGCUUCCGACGAAGAGAGACGCCUACGUGCAGCCAAAUUCCUUCCAAUUUUGCCCAAGCCAAGAGACUAUCCAUUUCCUUGGAAGUCUGAUGAGAACCGUGGGAUGCAUUUAGCUGCUGCAGAUCAUCUCUUUCCCGAGCGACAUAAAAAUCUUGUUGGUUCUUCUCAACUCAUCCUGGAUGAAUCAUCAAAAGAUUCAAGCGUACCCAACAGAUCAAUAAAAAAAAUCCUUGGAUUUACUGAAAAGCAACCAAAUUUGUCCGAUGUUAUAGCACAACUUGAUCAAGUAAUUAGGAUUUCUCAGUUUACUGGAAAUAAUGAGCGUACCGAGACAUGUAUUAUAAUUUAUGACUUUUUACAAAAGUUUGUGAACUCUAACCAGAACAAGUCAGAAUGGUCCUAUCUUCGUAAUGAACUAGAAAGCAAACAAUGGAUCCUCAUUAAAAAUCAAAUGGUAAAAGCAGAUCGUGUGGCAAAAAACUGGGACAAAGAAAUUGGAUCGCCAUAUUUGUUUUCCUUACCUCCUGAAUACAAUACGAAAUUCACAGUACUUAUGCGCUGGUACGGAAUAAAGGAGAAAUUUGGUUUACAGGAUUUCAUGCAUGCUAUUGGCGAGUUUCGAGAAGACAUUGGUAACAAGAAACUAACAGAUAAUCAAAUCAGUACUCUAAUUGUUUUCUUGGAAGAAGUGCUUCAACUCAACACGAACCCUUCCGCUCCUUUGCCACUUCCCAGUAAGGAUUCUCAAUUGUAUGACGCAAGUGAGCUUGUAAUUAACGAUACACCAUGGCUUGAAACAGGGGGUUUGAGAGAGCGUGUACACGAGAGGAUACCCGAGACAUUAGCCUACAAAUGUGGUGCAAGGCCGCUCAGGGAAGCAGAUUUGGCUGACAUUUCGGAUCCUAUUGGGACACCGUUUGGACAACACGAGGAGCUAACUGAUCGUUUGAAGAAUAUUUUGAAGGCCUAUCCAGCCGACGAGGGUAUAUUAAAAGAACUUCUGCAAAACGCGGACGAUGCGAAAGCCACCGAAAUUCAUUUUAUAUUUGAUCCACGAAAGCACGAUACUGGGCACGUGUUCUCUGAUAGUUGGAAGGAACUUCAAGGCCCUGCGAUUUGUGUCUACAACGACAAACCAUUCUCCGAAGAGGAUAUUGAAGGCAUUCAAAAGCUUGGUAUCGGAAGUAAAUUUAACGACCCCACGAGAACAGGACAGUAUGGUAUUGGAUUUAACGCAGUUUACCAUCUUACUGAUUGUCCGUACUUUAUUUCGAACGAUGAGAUCAUUUGCGUUUCCGACCCUCAUACAGCGUUCGUACCUGGUGCAGACGAGAGGAAGCCUGGACAUCGACACGCAAAUCCAAGAUUUCAGAUAGUAAGUGGAAUGAAAAUGAGGUGA